GAGAAUAUUCGCCGUCACACCACAUCGUGCAGCCGGAUAUGUGUCCGGGCUGAGACACGGGUUGUCAGAAGGUUCCCCCUCGGGAGAGGCUGGAAUUGUGUGUGUUUGGUGUCGCCAUGAGAACCAACCGGGUUUAUAAACUGUGGAUCCACAAGAAGGGUUUCGGGGGCAGCGACUAUGAAUUGAUGGUGAACCCCAAAGUCUUCCCUCAGGUGAAGCUGGGCGAUAUUGUGGAGAUUGCAUAUAUCAAUGAUGAGUACAGCCCACUGCUUCUUCAAGUGAAAUCUUUGAAAGAAGACUUGCAGAAAGAAACCAUUAGCGUGGACCAGACUGUGGCCCAGGUAUUUAAACUUCGGGCUUACCAGGAUGUCUAUGUUAACAUUGUGGAUCCCAAGGAUGUGGCUCUUGAUCUGGUGGAGCUUACGUUCAAGGACCAGUACAUUGGACGCAGUGAUAUGUGGCGGUUGAAGAAAACCUUGGUUAACACCUGUGCCUAUGUCACUCAGAAGGUGGAAUUUGCUGGAAUAAGAGCACAAGCAAGUGAACUAUGGGUCAAAGGUGUAAAGGUUACCUGUGGCUACAUAAGUGAAGAUACAAGGGUGGUGUUCCGAUCGACCUCUGCCAUGGUCUAUAUUUUCAUCCAGAUGAGCUGUGAGAUGUGGGACUUUGACAUCUAUGGUGAUUUGUACUUUGAGAAGGCUGUAAAUGGCUUCCUUGCUGACCUCUUCGCCAAAUGGAAGGAUAAAAAUUGCAGCCAUGAAGUGACGGUGGUUUUAUUUUCCAGAACUUUCUAUGAUGGCAAGUCAAUGGAUGAGUUCCCCGAGAGUCACCGAUCCUCCAUUCAGCUGGAUCAUGAGGGCAGAUUCUAUGAAGACUUUUAUAAAGUGGUUGCCCAGAAUGAACGGCGGGAGGAGUGGACGUCACUGCUUACAACAAUUAAAAAGCUAUUCAUUCAAUAUCCUGUGCUGGUGCGUUUGCAGGAAGCAGAUGGUUUUCCACGUGGACAGAAUUCUACGGCAGCUCAAGGAAACUAUUUGGAGGCCAUCAAUCUCUCCUUCAAUGUGUUUGACAAGCAUUACAUAAACAGAAACUUCGACCGCACUGGCCAGAUGUCUGUUGUUAUCACACCUGGAGUGGGAGUGUUUGAAGUUGAUCGGCUGCUGAUGAUUCUCACCAAACAACGGAUGAUCGACAACGGUAUUGGUGUUGACCUGGUGUGUAUGGGUGAACAGCCUCUUCAUGCCGUGCCAUUGUUUAAGUUGCACAAUCGAGGGAUCCCUGGAGAUUCUCGUCUAGGUGAUGACUACAACAUUCCCCACUGGAUAAACCACAGCUUCUACACUUCCAAGAGUCAGCUUUAUUAUAAUAGUUUCACUCCUCGCAUUAAACUUGCUGCAAGGAAGGCUCCAGCGGAGAAAGGCAAAAGUAAUAAGGAUAACACAAUAGGUGCGAGCAGCCCAAAGGAAUCUGAGAACAGUCUCCCGAUCCAAGUCGAUUACGAUGCGUAUGAUGCUCAGGUGUUCCGGUUACCUGGACCAUCUCGAGUCCAGCGGCCCACCUCUUUCAGGCCGGUUCGAGAAAGCCACACCAGGAAAAGUUCCAGCUCCUACGAUGUUUCAAACAGUCCGCCCCACCACAGAGGAGCACUGCUCCUGGAGGAAGUCAGGAGUCAGGCCUCUGAUGACAGCUCACUUGGGAAAAUUUCAAAUAUUCUCCUGAUCCCACGGCCCCACCUUCAUCAGUACGAAGUUAGCAGCUCUCUGGGGUACACCAGCACCAGGGAUAUCCUGGAGCGAAUGAUCGACUCACAGCAGAGAGAUUCCAGUGCCCCUGGCCGCUUCCACGUUGGCAGUGCCGAGUCCAUGCUCCGUAUUCGACCAGGCGGAUACACCCCUCAGCGGGCGCUCAUUAAUCCGUUUGCCCCUUCCCGGAUGCCGAUGAAGCUAACAUCAAACAGGAGGAGGUGGAUGCACACGUUCCCAGUGGGUCCCUCUGGCGAAGCAAUUCAGAUCCACCACCAGACCAGGCAGCAUAUGGCUGAGCUUCAGGGAAGCAGCAUGCGAGAUCCCACCCACUCCUCUGCAGAGUUGCUAGAGCUGGCCUACCACGAAGCGACUGGCAGACGGAGUGCUGCCAGGCAGGCAGCUGACAACGUAUCAUUCCUGGGCUGUACAGGAACCGAGGAGUUUGCCACCAGUCCUUCCAGCAACCACAGUGCAGGCACCCCGCUGAACCAGGCAUCGGCCUGUGAAGAUCCUUCUGUCAGCCGUGAUCCAAUUCUGAUGCUGUCUGCUCCCCCUGUAGUGCCCAGUUUCUGUUGCACAGUGGGCGUUGACUGGAAGUCGCUCACCACGCCUGCCUGCUUACCACUCACCACAGACUACUUCCCAGACCGGCCGAGCCUCCAGAACGACUACACAGAGGGCUGCUACGACCUCCUCCCUGAGACUGAAGUUGACAGGAGAGAUGAGGAUGGACCUGUCAUGACAGCCCAGCAGGUAUUUGAGGAGUUUAUUUGCCAGCGCCUCAUGCAGGGCUAUCAGAUCAUUGUCCAGAGCAAGAUCAAGCUAUCGAGUACUGCAGCCUCUGCACCACUCAGCAGUAGCCCCCUCUACACACGAGGCCUGGUAUCCCGGAACAAGUUGGAGGAGGAGGAGACUGCCUAUUGGCUGAGCAUGGGCCGCACUUUUCAUAAAGUCUGCUUAAAGGACAAGAUCAUAACCGUCACCCGCUACCUCCCAAAGUACCCAUACGAGUCCGCUCAGAUCCAGUACACCUACAGCCUGUGCCCACCACAUUCCAGUACUGAGUUUGUGUCGUGCUGGGUGGAGUUCUCACAUGAGCGGCUGGAAGAGUACAAGUGGAAUUACCUGGAUCAGUACAUCUGCUCUUCGGGAUCCGAGGAUUUCAGCCUGAUAGAAUCCCUGAAGUUCUGGAGAACAAGGUUCCUGCUGCUGCCGGCCUGUGUCACGGCUACCAAGCGGAUCAUGGAGGGAGAGAGCCGCUGCGAUGUUUACGGAGAGAAGCUCCGUUCCGACCAGGAGGAGUGGCAGCUCCUGGAUGGCUUCAUUCGCUUCGUGGAAGGUUUGAACCGAAUCCGGAGACGCCAUCGCUCAGACCGAAUCAUCCGGAAGGGGGCUCCCAUUAAAGGGCUGCAGGUGACCGGGCCCCUCUCAAACUAUCCCACUGAACCAGCAGGUCCAUCUGUUGGGAAGAAGGGAACAUCAGCAUUGUCGGCCUUGCUGGAGAUGGAAGCUAACCAGAGGAGCUUUGAGGAGCAGCAGGCAGCAGUCCAUUCAGGGAAAGGUGCUGGCCCAGCCUCUGACAGCACCCUGCACUCUGGAGCGAACGUCGCCGUUACUCCCAGCUAUGUUGACAGCCCAAGGAAGGUCCAAGGGGACCAGUUGCAAACAGGCACAGACUAUCCAGAUUACAGCCCAGCUUCAGGACCCACUGCUUCAACUGGAGACCGACCCAACACGUUGGGAAAUGCCCAAACCUCAACAGUGGGCAUCACUCAGGGCACAGGAGACCAGCCUCCAGCCCCUGCCACACUAGAGGGCAGCAGCCAGCUCUCCGCUGGGGUCGCAAACUCACUGACUUCCUCCUCGUCGCUAGUAGAAAUACUAGAAAUAAUGAAGCACCCCACAACUGGUAUCCAGCUGCUGCCGGAGCAAAGGGGUCUACACCCCAAUUGCUUCAUCAGUGCAGAGGUGGUACACUGGCUUAUCAGUAACGUUGAAGGUGUGCAGACGCAGUCAAUGGCCAUCGAUAUCAUGCAGAAAAUGCUGGACGAGCAGCUGAUUGUCCAUGCGUUUGGGGAGUCCAUGCGGGCAUUUGUGUACGGCUUCUACCUGUACAGGCUUGUCACCGACAAAGACACCGAGAAAGGGAACCUGCAGUCCUCCACGAUCUGGUACACCUCGACAAUGGAUGACCUGGCUGCAUUCCAGCGCAAGUGGUUCGAGGUGGCUUUCCUCACAGAGGAGCGGCUUCACGUUGACAUUCCUGCCUUCCUGUUACCGUGGUUGCCCAGUAGGCCAGCGUCCUAUGCAAGUAGGCACAGUUCCUUCAGCCGCAGUUUUGGAGGACGAAGUCAAGCUGCUGCCUUACUAGCUGCCACAGUCCCUGAGCAAAAGACGGUGACCCUCGAUGUGGACGUCAAUAACCGCUCAGACCGGGUUGAAUGGUGCAGCUGCUAUUACCACAGCAACUACUCGAUAAAUGCUGCCUUUGAAGUCAAGUUGCACUGGAUGGCAGUAACAUCAGCCAUGCUCUUUGAAAUGGUGCAAGGCUGGCACAGAAAGGCCACUUCUUGUGGGUUUCUCUUGGUGCCUGUCCUCGAGGGUCCGUUUGCUCUACCCAGCUACCUGUACGGAGACCCACUGCGAACACAACUUUUCAUCCCUCUUAAUAUCAGCUGCUUGAUGAAGGAAGGCACAGAGCAUCUCUUUGAUGGGUUCGAACCUGAGACAUACUGGGAUCGGAUGCAGCUUCUGCAAGAGGCCAUUCUUGCCAGGUUUGGGUUUGUCCAAGACAAGUACACUGCUUCAGCAUUUAACUUCCCUGCAGAGAACAAGCCACAGUAUAUUCAUGUCACUGGUACGGUUUUCCUUCAGUUGCCAUAUUCGAAACGCAAGUUCGCGAGUGGCCAGCAGAGACGGCGAAGGAACUCCACCAGCUCCAGCACGCAGAGCCUCUUUGGUGAGGAGAGAAUUGGCUACAACUGGGCCUACAACACUAUGCUCACCAAAACAUGGCGCUCCAGUGCUACUGGCGAUGAGAAAUUCGCUGACCGGCUACUUAAGGACUUCAGUGACUUCUGCUGCAACAAGGAGAACCGUCUGGUCAGUUUCUGGGAGAGCUGCCUGGAGAAAAUGCAUUCCAGUGCACCCUGAGAGAGAGAGAGAUCCGGAAUAUGGCAGCUGGGAAGUCCCAGGGAUCCUGGCCACAUUCUGGAUAUCCGACCAGUACCACUUCCAUCUCUCCUUUACCCAUUG